UACAUAUGUAACUUUGAAAUAUGGGUUAUUAUUGCGCUUGGGGAGAUGCGAAGAUGUGUAGUUCCGAAGAGGAAGGUUAUGAAUAUCGUGCUUCUGAUGGUAGAGAAAAGAGAAGGGAUCGCGUUUUGGACACCUUCGGCGAAAUUCCUUCCGGUGCAGUUUUACCGAUAUCGGACGAUGCCGAUCGGCAAUUCUGGGCGGAAGACGAAUUGAGCAACUCGGAAUCGCGACAUAAAUUAACCGCGAGAAGGAAGCGUCGGCAUAGUGUUUCCUAUAGGAAUCGCACCGUGAACAGAAGCCGAUCUUGCGCUCCCAAUUCCUCGACUUCUAGCUCCGAUUCGAUUUGUACAAGAGAGACUUCGCCAAAAGCUUGCAAAAUGCGAAAAUGUCGGCGACAGAAGCCGAAGACAAAGAAAUUACAAUCUAUCAAUACAGAGAAAGAAUCGAGUACAAGUAUCGAGGAAACAGUCUGCACAAUGAACGAAGUAUUCUCUCCGGAAUGUCAAACUGCAUCUACUUCUGACAAAAAAUCAGCUAGUUUGCAUUGUGAAAAUCAUCGGGCGAGCUCGUCAUACAGAAAUCAUCGUAAACGAGCGAACGAAACGUUACGUGCGAAAAAAAUCGGAUUGCAAAAGACGCGCGAUUCAUUUAACAACAAGUAACAUUCCAGUGAUUACGACUAAAGUCAAGAAAUUUUUUUA